CACUCGCAUCGUCCUCCGCCCCCAGCAUGCUGCGUGACACCUCCGGAGUUUUUAAAUGGACAACAAGUCGAGGUUGACAGCGUUGUGUUGACUGACUGACAACCACCCUCAGCCGCGACUCUACUCCUCACCAGGAUGGACGCCAACUUUUUAGUCGUCUUGUCCGCUGUCCUGCUCACCUCCAUCCCGCCGUCCUCGUGCUCACUGGAGCCUUACGACAUGUUGUACGACGAGGCAGUGCGGGCGUUCUACAGCGGCGACUACAGCGGCGUGGUGCGCACCAUGGAGGAGGCGCUGAGCAGCUACGCCGGAGUGCGGCGCUCCAGAGUCCGCUGCCGGUUGAGGUGUCAGGACCAGCAUCCGUUCGGGGCCGCAGUCUCCGAGCUGGGCUUCUUCGAUGUGGUACUGCGCAGAGCGGCGUGCAUGGACGGUUGCAUCGAGCAAGACAUCGGCGUGCAGUCAAGGCAUAAAAUCAGUGAAGAUGUCGUGCAGGACUUCAAUAGGCGGAUCCCAUACAACUAUCUCCAGCUUGCUUAUCUCAAGCUGAAGCAGCCUGACAAAGCAGCAGCUGCAGCUCAUACCUACUUUCAAGCCAAUCCAGAACAUGUGGAGAUGAGUCAAAAUCUGGAGCAGUACAAAGAUCGACAGGGUGUCAAAGAGCAUCACUUUGUAGACCGCGAAGCUCGACCUCACCAGCGCUCCUUUAGUGCGGCAGUCAACCUGUACGAACAAGGCGACUACGUAGAGGCCAGCGUUCUCUUCGAGGAAGCUCUGGUGGAAUACUACAAAGCAGAUGUGGAGUGCCGGGCCCUGUGUCAAGGGCCACACCGGUUUGAAGGGCACGAUCACCUUCGCUAUCGUUACAGCCUUUAUGAAGUCAUUUCAGAUCACUUUACUCAGGUACUACACUGUGAGCACGAGUGUGUCAGAGAUCUCGCCACCCGACCAGGCCGCCUGUCACCCAUGGAAAACUACCUACCGCUGCAUUAUGACUACCUCCAGUACGCGUACUUUCAAGUGGAAAGAGUGGAGGAGGCGCUGCAGUGUGCACUCACAUACCUGCUGUUCCACGAGGGAGACGAAUUCAUGACAGAAAAUGUUGACUUCUAUCAAGAAAUGCUGGGCCAUGACAGCGAACCACGAGAGUCUGAUCAUCAGAUCUGGGGCGUGGGCACCGAAAGAAGAUAUUCAGCAGGGGGUGAAGCAAGCUCUCAAUGGAAAAGUGUGGAUUUGAGUAUGAAGGACACAACAGGAGUCAGGACUGCAUUUGCUGUGUUUCUUGGACGGGAUCGUUACUCACCAUCUGGCAGAAGUUUCCUUUUUAUAGAGGCUGCUCGGUACCUGAGGAGGCACAAACAAGAGUUGGAGCUCCUUCUUAUUGGAAGCCAAACCAUGGGUGUGGACUUCACUGAAGGGAAUUACUGGAGCAGUUCGGGUGGGAGAGACGACUCCACCAGGAUUCCAUCCGGUACAGAUGGUGGGCUGGAGUAUGUUCCCCUCACAGAGAAGAAGAACGUCAAUGUGGCUGCAUCACAACCUCUCAAAGAAGGGGGGCCGUUGUUGCACAACAAUGUGCGGCUGGUGUACAACUCGGCGGAAUUAAAUGGUACCCAACGAGUGCUGCUGGAUCAUGUUAUAAGCGAGGACGAAUGUGUAGAUCUCCAGCAGCUGGCGCACAUGGUCACGCUGGCAGGAGACGGCUACAAUGGCAGGACGUCUCCUCAUACCCCUAACGAGAAGUUUGAAGGAGCAACCGUCCUCAAAGCCCUGCAGUACGGCUACGAGGGCAGGGUGCCCAUGAAAAGUGCUCGUCUCUUCUAUGACGCCAGCGAGCGAGUGAGAAGUGUCGUCGAGUCAUACUUUCUGCUCAACUCCACCCUGCACUUUUCCUACACACACCUGGUGUGCCGCACGGCCAUCACGGGUCAGCAGGACCACAGAAAUGACCUGAGCCAUCCCAUCCACGCUGACAACUGUCUGCUGGAUCCCGAGGCCAAUGAAUGCUGGAAGGAGCCCCCAGCGUACACACAAAGGGACUACAGUGCACUACUAUACCUCAAUGGAGACUUUGAAGGUGGCGAGUUCAUUUUUACGCAGAUGGAUGCCAAAACAGUCACAGCUACAGUGAAGCCAAAGUGUGGCAGAGUGGUGGCGUUCUCCUCAGGUGGGGAGAAUCCACACGGCGUGAAAGCUGUCACCAAUGGGCGAAGGUGCGCUGUAGCUCUGUGGUUCACGUUGGACCCGCUCUUCAGGGAAAUGGAGAGACUGCAGGCAGACGAGGUGAUCCAGACCUUGAUCACACAAUCCGGACUGGGUCAUGGCCUCGACAUUAACCCCAAAGAUGAAUUGUAGCAGUAGCCUCCUCCUACGCUGCUUGUUAUCAACUUUUAUUUAUUGUGGACUUUAUCUUUGAAUCAGAAACAGAUCUAUUUUUAUACUAUUUUGAGUGCAGGUUCGAAAACAUUUUUCGUGUGAGUAUGUUUGUGUGUGUUGGGGGUAUGCGCACCAGUGUUGGAGUGUGUGUUUGCUGUUUUUGUCUUUUUCUAUGUCUUACUGAUCUGUGAAAGUGUCAAUAGGGAGAUUUUUCCUGCUUUAGGUUGUUGCGUACUCUUGAGUUCAACAUAUUGGUUCUAUUAAGAAAAACACUAUCCGGAGUCCAGAAUGACGUUAAAAGUUACUUCGAGGUCAGUAAUACUUGACAAGCAGGUACUUUCUACAGUGGUAUGAAAAAGUAUCUGAACCUUUUGGAAUUUCUCACAUUUCUGCAUAAAAUCACCAUCAAAUGUGAUGUGAUCUUUGUCAAAAUCAUACAGAUGUAAAAACAAUGUCUGCUGUAACUAAAGCCAAACCAUUUAUAGGUUUUCAUAUUGUAAUGAGGAUAGCAUGCAAACAAUGACAGAAGGGGGGAAAUAAGUAAGGAGACUAAGGAGACUUAAAGAGCAAUUGAAACCAAUUUUUACCAAACAAUUUAAGUCAUGUGUGUGCCCAAUUACUGAUGAGUGGUUUAAAGCUUCCCUGCCCACUAUAAAGCAUACACCUGAUAAGAAUUGUCUUGAUGAGAAGCAUUGUCUGACGUGCAUCAUGGCUCAGUCAAAAGAGCUGUCUGAAAACCUGCGAUUACGGAUUGUUGAUUCAGAUAAAGCUGGGAAAGGAUACAAAACCAUCUCUAAAAGUCUGGAUGUUCACCAAUCGACAGUCAGAGAAGUUGUCUACAAAUGUAGAGAGUUUGGCACUGUUACGUCUCUCCCAAGGAGUGGCAACCCACCAAAGAUGACACCAAGAGUUCGGCGCAGAAUACUCAGGAAGGUAAAAAAAAAAAAAGAGAACCCUAGAGUGUCUGUUAAAGACUUGCAGAAAUCACUGGCACAGUCCAAUAUUUCUGUGCACACAUCAACAACUGUAUGUAAUGGUGUUCAUGGGAGGAGUCCACGGAGGAAGCCACUGCUGUCUAAAAAAAAAAAAUUAUUGCUCGUUUAAUGUUUGUAAAAAGGCACUUGGAUACUCCACAGAAGUUAUGGCAAAAUAUUUUGUGGACUGAUGAAACCAAAGUUGAAUUGUUUGGGAGUAAAACACAACCUAAUGUGUGGAGGAAAAAUGGAACAGCUCUCCAACAUCAACACCUCAUCCCCACCGUGAAGCAUGGUGGAGGGACCAUCAUGAUUUGGGGCUGUUUUGCUGCUUCAGGACCUGGACAACUUGCUAUCAUUAAUGGAACGAUGAAUUCAAAAGUUUAUCAGGAUGUUUUGCUGGAAAACCUCAGGCCGUCUGUCAGACAGUUGAAGCUAAAAAGAGGAUGGAUGGUGCACAAGACAAUGAUCCAAACACAGAAGUAAAUCAACUUCAGAAUGGUUUCAGAAGAACAAAAUACAUGUUCUGGAGUGGCCAAGUCAAAGUUCAGAUUUGAACCCCAUUGAGAUGCUGUGGCAUGACCUAAAGACAGUGAUUAGUGCCAGACAUCCCAGGAAUCUCACUGAACUACAGGAGUUUUGGAUAGAAGAAUGGGCCAAGAUUAGUCCUGGUGGGGGUACAAAAUAUUAAAUAUGAUUGUUCACUUUUCUGUAAUUGUUUGCAUACUAUCCUCGUUAAAAUAUGAAAACCUAUAAAUGUUUGGCUGGUUUUAGAUAAAGCAGAGUUUUUUCAUCUCUGUGAUUUUGACAGAGAUCAGAUCACAUUUGAUGGGGAUUUUAUGCAAUAAUAUGAGAAAUUCUAAAAGGUUAAGAGAGCUUUUCAUACCACUGUAUGUCCAAAAAAGUUGGGUUGGUUUUAUUAUAUCCAUGCCAGUAAUUGUUGUCCUCAAAAUACACAGUGCACUGUUUUCUUUUAUAGAUUUGAACUAGCACUAUUCAAAGAGAUGUGUUUUGCAUAUUAUAAAUAUUUAUAAUAAUCAUGCACUCGGUACGGCUGUCAAAUUUAGGGAAAUGAUUGUGUUUUGUAUUGUGUUUUUAAUUUAUGUUUGAAUUUGUAGACAGCUGCUGUCACCACUGUCUGCUUUAAUAUGGGAAGCUUUUUAUUAUAAAAGAUCAAUCAUUCCUGUUUCAAGGAAUAUGAUAUUUUAUAUUAUUGUUGAUAUACAGGUGAUAGACAUGUCAUAGUCAUGCACUGUAAAUUCAAUGGGCCGAAUACAGUAGUUUGUUCUGCGGAGAUUCAAAGAGCUUAAAUAUAAUUUUGUUUUCACUGAUAUUUAAUGAUGAAAUGCACAAAAUUGUAUGUUUGUGGGCUAUAAUAAAUUAUAGAAUGUAUUGGUAUAUCAUUUUUAUUUGAUUUAUUCUUUCACAUGCAUACUUUAAUGUCACACAGUUGUGCUUGAAUAUCGUCACAAGUUUUUACCGACUUACUGUAUAGUUUAUAUUUUAUACAUUAAUUUGUACAGUAUAGUCAGUAAAAUAUCUUAUCAACAUACAUUGGCUCUAAGAUGCACAGCACUGCUCUUUUGUCCAAGUUUCACUUUCCGUACCGCUUAUCCUCACGAGGGUCGCAGGUUUGUUGAAGUUGAAAACCUAAAUAUAAUGUACACAUGUAGGCUGAGAGGUCACUGUGGUGAAUGUACUUUAAGAAAACAACAAAAUCUGAACUCAUUAAAAAAGAAAAAACAAAAAUAAGAGCGACAGAUGUCGCUUUUUAAAAUGGUAAUUCAUGAU